CCGCGAAGAUGCCCUCGCUGUGGAAGGAAAUCGUCCUGGAGACCCUCCUGGGCUAUGUUUCUUGGUCUCUCUACCAUGACUUGGGACCGAUGAUCUAUUACUUUCCCCUGCAAACACUAGAGCUCACUGGGCUGGAAGGUUUCAGUAUAGCUGCUCUUUCUCCAAUAUUCCUGACAAUUGCUCCUUUCUGGAAAUUGGUUAACAAGAAGUGGAUGCUAACUCUGCUGCGGAUAAUCACUGUGGGCAGCAUAGCGUCCUUCCAGGCUCCAAACGCCAACCUUCGGCUGGUGGUCCUCGCGCUUGGCGUGUCUUCCUCGCUGGUGGUGCAGGCCGUGACUUGGUGGUCAGGGAGUGCUUUGCAAAGAUACCACAGGCUCUGGGGAUUCAUUUUGGGACAGAUUCUUCUCCUGGUGCUUCGCAUAUGGUACGCUUCACUGAACCCGGUCUGGAGCUACCACACAUCCAACAGAGUGAUUCUGACAUUAAGUACCAUAGCCACGCUUGAGCGCAUCGGCGCAGAUGGUGACUGCAGUAAACCCAAAGGAAGGAAGACCAGCGAGGCAGCCAAGGGAGGGGCCUCCAGGCCUCACUGGCCAUUGGCAGGGGCUGCCUUCGGUAGCCUUUUGUUCCUCACCCACUGGAUUUUUGGAGAAGUCUCUCUUGUUUCCAGAUGGGCAGUGAGUGGUCAUCCCCAUACAGGACCAGAUCCUAACCCAUUUGGAGGGGCAGUUCUGGUGGGCUUUGCAAGUGGAUUGAUGCUUUCAGCUUAUCCGUGGUUUCAUGCUGCUGGUUUAAUCUGGUGGGCUACAGGAGCGGCUUCAGCCUUGGGCCUCCUUUACCUGCCCACGUGGGCAGCUGCUGUUUCCGGCUGCGUGCUGGCCAUCUUCACUGCGUCCAUGUGGCCUCCAGUACUUGGGCACCUGGUUAGCUCAGGGACAAAUCCUGGGAAAACCAUGACCAUUGCCAUGACAGUUUAUCUUCUAGAAAUAUUUUUCUGUGCCUGGUGCACAGCUUUUAAGUUUGUCCCAGGAGGUGUCUAUGCUAGAGAAAGGUCUGAUGUGCUUUUGGGUACCAUGAUGCUAAUUAUUGGGGUAAAUAUGUUGUUUGGUCCUAAGAAAAAGCUUGACUUUAUUCUUCAAACAAAAAAUACUCCUAAAGAGCUUUUUAGAAAGAGUGAAAAAUACAUGAAACUUUUUUUAUGGCUGCUUGUUGGUGUGGGGCUGUUGGGAUUAGGUUUGCGGCAAAAAUCUUAUGAGAGAAAAUUGGGCAAAGGGGCUCCAGCCAGGGACUUCUCUGCUGCCAUCUGGCCUUUCCGGUUCGGGUACGACAAUGAAGGAUGGUCCAGUCUGGAACGGUCAGCUCAGCUGCUCAGGGACACUGGUGCAGAUUUCAUAACGAUUUUGGAGAGCGAUGCCUCUAAGCCCUACAUGGGGAACAAUGACUUGACCAUGUGGCUAGGGGAGAAAUUGGGCUUCUAUACAGACUUUGGUCCAAGCACAAGGGAUCACACCUGGGGGAUCAUGGUGUUGUCAAGAUAUCCAAUUGUGAAAUCAGAGCAUCACCUCCUUCCGUCACCAGAGGGCGAGAUUGCACCAGCCAUAACGCUGACCGUCAACAUCUCCAACAAACUGGUGGAUUUUGUUGUGACCCACUUUGGGAAUCAUGAAGAUGAUCUCGACAGGAAACUGCAGGCUAUUGCUGUUUCAAAACUACUGAAAAACAGCUCCAAUCAAGUGCUAUUUCUGGGUUAUAUCACUUCAGCACCUGGUUCCAGAGAUUAUCUACAGCUCAUUGAACAUGGCAAUGUGAAGGACAUUGACAGCACAGACCGUGACAGAUGGUGUGAGUACAUCAUGUAUCGAGGGCUGAUCAGGUUGGGUUAUGCAAGAAUCUCCCAUGCUGAGCUGAGUGAUUCUGAAAUUCAGAUGGCUAAAUUUAGGAUCCCUGAUGACCCCAUUAAUUAUAGAGACAACCAGAAAAUGGUCAUAGACCACAGAGAAGUUCCUGAGAAAAUUCGUUUCAAUCCAAGAUUUGGAUCCUACAAAGAAGGACACAACUAUGAAAACAAUCAUCAUUUUCAUAUGAAUACUCCCAAAUACUUUUUAUGAACUAUUUAAAACCAGAAGUUUUUGGCUGGCAAAUCUAAGAGAAAAAUAUGGAAGAAUAGUUUAAUGAAAAUUGGACAAUAUACACAAAGAACCUCAAUUUUCAAAAAGCAUGGUAUCU